AUGGACCCUGCAAGCGGAUGCAAGCGGCCCAGGAGCAAGAAGAUUGCAGCCAUGCUGAUUUCCAUUGCAGGCAAAGGAGAUUUGCAGCUUCCAAGUGAAGUGGGCCAGGCCAUGAGCGUUAUAGGAGAUCAAGAUGUGGUGAACGCCUUGGCUCCAGCUGCUGCAGCUUCGGCUACGUCAUGGAGCUGUGAGGACGCAGUGAGUUGUGCCGAAGCAGUCUGUGUUUUGCCCACGUCCGAGGCUGUGAAGGGCUUGUGGCGGGCUCUCUUCACAGCUUGCCGGAAUCCGAAUCCUUCGCAGGCUCUUCGCUUUUUGGCUGCCCUCGCAGGGAGCGGCUUGAUGGAUUCACCAUCAACCCCGCGAUUGCUUCAAAUCGCUUCGAUGGCUUCUGCUGCUGAUUGGUGUGCAAUCCUUGUAGCUGUCAAGAAGCAACAAGACCUUGAACAGUUGGGAUGGCAGCUACCAAUGCAAGAGGCUGUGAAGGCUUUGCGGGUGCCUGGUUUGGCACUCCUGGAUGCCGCUGCGUUGAAGAAUGGCAUCGUGGGGCUUUGCCAAGAUCCACUUGCAGAGCUGGACCAGCGAUUGCUUCAGCUGAUGCUUCUAAGAGUUGUGGAGCACGCUCCCACACCUAUAGUUCGCGAUGCAUUGAUUGCUGCUGGCGCCUCUGCCAGUGCUGCUUGUCACCUCGCGGCUUUGCAGCUGCUCCACCGCAGAGAUACGCAGACGCUUCUCAAGGGGCUUUGGUCCGAGCUGCUUCAAGAGCCUUCUGCAUCAUUGGCGAUGUCGCUUGGAGCGUUGGGCCUUGCCAACAAUGGCACUUGCUCAAUGCUCUUGGAUUGCAAUGAUCUUACGCGUACAUGGGUUGGAGCCAAUCUUCGCUGCCAAGGUCAGCUGAAACCUCAUUUAGCUUCAACGUUGAGCACUGAUUUGUGGCGAAUUGCUUAUGCGGCAGCUGUGGAAGGAGACCGCGCGCGAGCAGAGCAGUUCUGGCAAAGCACGGAAGCUCCGGAGACCAAGACCGCCAUGGAGCGAUACACCAUUUGCUUACUCCGAAGUUGGCUGGGAGAAUUGGAGUUACUGGAUGAUCAAGUGGAGCUCGUGCAGGACCCACUGUUUUGCACUGCAUUGGAAAGCGCUGGUGUCAGGGGCUACAAUCUUGGAGCGGCAACCAUGGAACUGCCUGAAGAGUCUUUGAUCCUUGACUUGUGCCCUUGGUCAGCUAUACCGGGCCACGCUUCACUACGUCGACAACUUCUUUCUCGAGCUGGUGUUGAGGUCCUGACCCUUCCGGCCCUGGGAAGCGCUGUGGAGCAUGCGAAUGAGGUGGCCAAGGCGCUGAUCUCAUUCAGACCAAGCGCCUUUGCUCACCUUGUUGCUCAAAUGGGCAAGGAGUUGCCUCAUGUCAAGCUGGGACUCUCACACAGGCCGGCAGCACCCAUCACGGAGUCAAAAGCAAGCUGGAGACAGUGUCCGCAGUGUCAACAGCAGCUAUUAGAAACAGGUGCCUUACUAGUAGAAACAAGAAGCUAUUAG